GUGGGUCCCGCCGAGGCUGCAUGCGGGCCUCGGAGAAGCGGCGUCUGCUGGACAACCCGCGCAGAGCCCGGUCAUACAUGGGAUCUAUAUGGCAGGAAGGGUCGGGCUGGGUCCCUCUCCCAGGACCUAGCCUUAACCUACAGACCAUUGAGCUUGCGGCCGAGAACAACCAUUACUGCCAUGCCCAGAGGGAUCCUGGUAGCCACCGUGACCCCAAAAAGGAUCGGGCCCGGCGCCAACUGUAUGUGGCCUCUGCCAUUUGCCUGUUGUUCAUGAUCGGGGAAGUCAUUGGUGGGUACCUGGCACACAGCCUGGCAAUCAUGACCGAUGCAGCCCACCUGCUCACGGACUUUGCCAGCAUGCUCAUCAGCCUCUUCUCCCUCUGGAUGUCCUCCCGGCCAGCCACCAAGACCAUGAACUUCGGCUGGCAGCGAGCUGAGAUCCUGGGAGCUCUGCUGUCUGUACUGUCCAUCUGGGUCGUGACGGGGGUGCUGGUGUACCUGGCGGUGGAGCGACUAAUCUCUGGGGACUAUGAGAUCAAGGGAGGAGUCAUGCUGAUCACCUCAGGCUGUGCUGUGGCCGUGAACAUCAUAAUGGGGCUGACCCUCCACCAGUCUGGCCACGGGCACAGCCACGGUCCCGGCCACGGACACAGCCACGGUCCCGGCCACGGACACAGCCAUGGUCCCGGCCACGGACGCAGCCACGAUACCAGUGAGGAGCAGAACCCCAGUGUCCGAGCUGCCUUUAUCCAUGUGAUUGGGGACCUUCUACAGAGUGUGGGCGUCCUGGUGGCAGCCUAUAUUGUAUACUUUAAGCCCGAGUACAAGUACGUGGAUCCGAUCUGCACCUUCAUCUUCUCCAUCCUGGUCCUGGGCACGACCUUGACCAUUCUGAGAGAUGUCCUUGUGGUGCUCAUGGAAGGGACCCCCAAGGGCGUGGACUUCACGGCUGUUCGGGACCUGCUGCUGGCCGUGGAGGGGGUGGAAGCCUUACACAGCCUGCACAUCUGGGCGCUGACCGUGUCCCAGCCGGUGCUGUCUGUCCACAUUGCCAUUGCUCGGAAUGCCGAUGCCCAGGCCGUGCUGAAGAUGGCCAGCUCCCAGCUGCAGGGGAGGUUCCACUUCCACACGAUGACCAUCCAGAUUGAGGACUACUCGGAGGACAUGAAGGACUGUCAGGAGUGCCAGGGACCCUCCGAUUGACUGCGGCCAGCCAGGACCCGUGCGUGGCAGGCCUAGUGUCCCCCAGACCCAGCCAGGCUCUGCUAGCCAGGCUGCUGUGUAAACUAGGCCCUGUCCUCAUGUCUACUCCGCAUCCCAGAGUGGGGCUCAUCUUCUGCCUCCCCAUCUGACUACAGCCAGCGGGGGAUGGGGACUCAGGGGCACAUGCAGCGGGACCCCCUUCAUCCUGCCCCUAGCCGCAGGCAGGCCUGGCAGGGGGGUGAGGGGAGGGAGGCUGGCCUGCCUCUUCCCUGCCUUAUGGAUCUGACAAGAACUCCUGGUACAGAGCCCCCUCCUUCUGCCCAUAACAAUAUGGUUGAGGGAGGCCUGGGACCCCACCCUCUCAGCAGGGAGCCAGGGCCUCCUCAGACCUGUCCUUACCUCAGUCACUUCAGGUUCCCUUCCUGGAGACACCAAGCAACUUCCUAGAUAAGGCGCUGGCUGGCUGGCUUCCUUACAGCCCUUGACUCAGGAACAAGACACCCAUACCCUUGCCAGAAGUGAUUCCGGGGGAAGGGGAGAAGACAUAUUUCAGAGUGAGUCUCACAGGAACAGCCUUGUAGCUCCUGGGCUACUUCUCUUGUCCUGAUGAUGCCCCCAGGGAUCGGGACAUGGCUGGGCCAAUACGGUCCUCAGGGUGGCUGACCUGAUCAGAGCCCAUGGAUGGAGGAUGGAGAGAGGCCGGGCACAGCCCAGUGGCCAACCGGAAAGGCUUCCUGGGUGCUGUGUGGUGAUUCCUAAAUUGCAGGAUGGCUUGUGCCCUGGUGGCGCGCUGGGUUACGCAUCCACUGGCUACUUGCAAGAUAAGUGGUUCAAGCCCACUAGCCCCAUCAAGAUGUGCAAACUGGACCCCUCGAACACCAGUCUCCACAACCCUGAGACCAGAAGAACUAGAUGGUGCCCAGCUACCACUACCAACUGCUCUGAAAAGGAUCACAUUGAGUGGAGUGGACUGUGUGGAGCAGAACUCAAAAUCAUGAAGAAGACCAGGCUUUAUUGGUCAAGACUGACGGGACCUCAAAGACUGGCUUUUUCUGGUCUGGAACUGAACUUUAAUCAUCAAUCAUGUGAGACCAAACCAAAACCAAACUUGCUACCAUGAG